AUGUCGUACGAAGACCAGUCGGAGGGCGUUGCCUCGGACUUCCGGGAUGCUCUCAGCGAACUGACGAUGAACUCGCGGGUCGAGAUCACCACGCUGACUGUCAUCGCCCGGGAGAACACCGAGUACGCACACGGCAUCUCGGAAGUGCUUCAGGAACACAUUAAGAAGGUUGCUCCUCAACGAAAGUUGCCAGCCCUCUACCUCCUCGACUCCAUCGUCAAGAACGUUGGCACCCCCUACACGAUCUACUUUGGCCGCGGUCUUUAUUCGACUUUCAUGGACGCCUACGCCUCUGUCGAUAAUGGUACGCGACGCAAGAUGGACGAGAUGCUCAAGACGUGGAAGGAACCAGUGCCCGGAUCCGUCGACCCCCGGCCUGUGUUCAGCCCAGAGACCACCCGUCCGAUCGAGAAUGCCCUUAUUAAGGCGAGAACAUCGGCGCUGCAAGCCCAGCACGAACACAUACGUAGCGAGCAGCAGUUGCUCGGCCGUGGACGCCCAAACAGUGCCACUCCUUAUCGCGAGACGCCAACACCACCGGGACCCAGUGGCCGUCCAGGCUACCCUCCACAAGGCCCGUACGGCCAGCAACAGCCCCUCCCGCAAGAACAGCAACCGCCGCAACAGUCGUACCCCUUCCACCCACCGCCUGCAUACGCAACAGCGGGCGGUCCGUUCCAACCACCACCACAGCAGCCACAGCAACAGCAACCGCCGUUCCAGAAUCCUUAUGCCCCUCCUGCCACUCCUUCAAGGAUAAGCUUAGAGUCGCUGAAUGAAGAUGUCGAACGGUUGAUCCAGGCAACCAAGACAGAGUUUACAGAAAAGUCGUAUGAUGUCGGCGUGGCAGGGAGGUUAAAGGCGCUGCUGGAUCUACAGACCAUCCUAAAGAGCCAAGGCCUCGAGCACGACAAGCUCGUCCUAGUAAGAAAUCAAAUUGAUGCCCUCGCCGUAAAUUUGCCUGCCCAUCUAAAGGCCGGCAUCGGCUUAGCGCCGACGCCGCCGGCAGCCAACUAUCCUCUUUUCCAGGCCCCGCCGGUGGCAUCAGCAGCAGGAGCACCCGCAUCUGCGCCGGGUGGCAACCCGCCCUUGCCAGCCGCCGUAUUGGCUGCUUUAGCCGCUGCUCGGUCUAUGGCAGCUGCGGGCUCUACACCUCCUGCACAAACCCCGGCGCCGCCUCCGCCACAACCGACACCUGCCGGUGGUAUGUCAAUCGACGGCCUUCUUGGGAAGGGUGCGCUUGCUGCGAUCCUUGCCGCGCGGCAACAACAGCCGUCUCAACCACAGCAGCAGCAGCACCAACAGCUGCCGCCACCGCCGCCACAGGCACAGGCACCAUACGUACCUCCAAGUACACCGCAGCUAGCACAGCUGCUUCAAGCCAACCCGUUGGCUUUGGUGGAUAUGCUUAGAAAAGCUGGAAUCCUCCAACAGCAGACACCUGCUCAGAAUGCCCCUUUCCAGCCCCCGACGCAGCCACCUCUACCCCCAGCUGGCCUGAAUGUUCCGGGUUUGGCCAAUAUCAUUGCGUCCAUCCGGAACAACGCCGUCGCUGCUCCCCGUGACCCGUUACGCGAGAUUCAGAACGAAAUUUCGUUCCAGUCCUCGUCUCUUAAACAAUUCCGUACCGACGAGGCUGGCCGUGCAGCCAAGACAGCUCACAUGGACUGGCACUUCCGUGUCCACCAGCGUAUUGUCGAAGCCGAGAAACGUGGGCAGCACCGCAGUUGGUACGUCGACCAGGCGGACUGGAUCCACUCUCGUGAGACGAUCGACUCGGACGGCGUCGACCACCAUGGGGCCAACGGCAGCGGUGCAGCCGGUGGCAGUGGUGGCCGGGUAGCAGGCUCUGGUGCUGCUGGUGGCGGUGCCGGUGCUGCAGGUGCCAAGCUGCAAUGGAUCCCUGUCCCUACGGGCAGCGCCAACACCAACCAGACCUGCCCCAUCUGCCAGGAGAAGUUCGAGAUGAAGUGGCUCGAUGAGGCGCAGGAGUGGGUCUGGAUCGAUGCCGUCCGGAUCGGUUCGCGGGUCUACCAUGCCAGCUGCCACGCCGAGGCGACGCGGAGCGACAACAACCGUGACCAUCCAGCUGCUGCUGCCCAUUCAGCCCUGAUGGCCGGCGGUAACGGGCCGGUCAUUACGAAACCCAUCCCGACAGGACCUGCAGCCGACCGAAACCGCCACCAGCACGGACAUAAUGGCCCUAACGCAGUUCUCGGAAAGCGCAAGGCCGAUGACGGCGCCAACUUCCACGGUAACGGCAAUGGCAACCACCGAGGAGGCAAAAAUGGAGCCCGUGGUGGUAGUGCUGCAAGCGGUGGUGGCCGCAAGAAGAAGCGCGGCGGUAUGGGUGGUGCGGGUGGAGGUAGCAACCCCCGUCGGCCACCGGAUCUGGACCGUGUCGACCCCGAUAUUGGCGGCGGUGGCAUUGGCGGUUCCGCAUCGGGCGAGGGCGGUGGCGGCGGUGGACGGUUCGGCCGCAAUAGUGGGAAGCACCGUGGCGGUGCCCACAAGGACAACAACAGCGAUGAGCCCGAGGUGGACCUUAACGCCUUGCCGUAUUAA